GAACUCUCUCCAUUUUCAGCUCAGAAAAAAACCCAACCCUACUACUAUACUAAAACACAAAGUCGCAAAGCUUUACACUAAGAGCUUGCAGAAAUGGAUUUGAUCUACAGCCAGGUCUCUGAUUUGGCUUCUCUGGAAAACCCGGAUACGUCGUCGUUUUGGAACGCCAGCGUCACGGCCCGGCGAGCUUCACUUUCAGUUGAGGAGGUCAUACUGGCGUCCAGCUGCCCGAAAAGGCGGGCGGGGAGGAGGGUUUUCAAGGAGACCAGGCACCCGGUUUAUAGGGGUGUGAGGAGGAGGAACAACGACAAGUGGGUGUGUGAGCUGAGAGACCCCAACAACAAGAAGGCCAGGAUAUGGCUCGGGACUUAUCCGAAGGCUGAGAUGGCGGCUCGUGCCCAUGACGUCGCUGCAUUGGCGUUUAGGGGGAAGCUUGCCUGCCUCAACUUUGCUGACUCGGCUUGGCGACUGCCCGUGCCGGCCUCCAACGAUGCCGCGGAGAUUAGGAGGGUGGCCAACGAGGCGGCUGAAGCGUUUAGGAAAGCGGAGGAUGGUGGUGUUGAUGAGAAGGAGAGUAAGGGGGUGGUGAAUGAGGAGAAGGGUUGUGUAGAAAUGGAGGGAAGCAGCAACUUGUUUUAUUUGGACGAGGAGGAAAUAUUUGAGAUGCCAAGGUUGCUUGAUGACAUGGCUGAAGGGCUUAUGCUUUGUCCACCUCAGUGCUUAGAUGGCUACAUGGAUUGGAAUGACGUGGGAACUGAUGAUGAUUUGAAACUGUGGAGUUUUACUAUUUGAUCGACCUCCAUAGAAAUCCCUCAAUUGAAAGUUGAAACAGUGGAGUAAAUCAGAAAGAUUGUAAUUUGUAGGCCCUACUUACUUUAUUUUUUAAAUGGAAAUAUAUUUGUGUUUUAGACCCUACUUACUUUUGCUGUGACUACCACUCUCUCACACCUCCUCCUCUCUAGACCAUCAACUUUUCAACUUUUCUCUGCUUUGUUGAUAAGAUUUUGAGUUGUGAGUAAGCACUGUGGGACCUCAGCUGAGCUUGGGAGUGGGAGCCAAUUACAGUAAUAAAAUAUCACGUUUGAAAAGCACCCACUUUUCUAUUAAAUGCAGAACAAAAUAGUAUUUUUAUCA